CCGUAGGAAUUACAUUUUGUUUAUAGUUGCUGCCUUGUCUGGUCGGAGCAACUGUAGAAUAUUCCUUAUUAAUUUUUUUUUGUAUGUUAAUAGGAAUACAAAGGAAGGCACGAUCGGAAUGGGAUCGCACGAUAAAAUAUCGCCUGUGUGCGUUCAGGCAGGAAGGUAAAGUGCCAAAAGUGUAAUAAAGUAUUCUACGCAGAAACAUUGUGUAAUAGAACGUGAAACGUGCACGAUCAAAUUUUUGGCUAGUAUAAAACGAUAUUAAUAAUAUCAACGAUAGAUGUAAUACGUUAAAGUAAGGAUAUCAUAGUGGUUUUUAUCAUUCUGUAUUUUUUGUUGUAAAUUUAAUUUUCUUUCAUAUCUAAUUUGCAAUUUGCAAUUAAAUUGUGUUAACUUAUAAAAUUUCUUCAAUAUAAUAAUUUACACAGCAAUAUAUAUCUAUUUGAAAAAGUAUAUAAUUUUAUAGUUGAAACAUGUAUUAUGAUAAAGGUUAUUCAUAUGAAACUUAUGACAAAGAUAAGGUAGUAGUUGUUGAUCUUCGGAGUGAUACUUUAACAAAACCAACCCAAAAGAUGAGAGAAGCACUAUCCAGUGCUGAAGUUGGUGAUGAUGCUUUUCAGGAAGAUCCAACAGUGAAAGUAUUACAAGAAACAGCUGCCAAAAUGGUUGGAAUGGAAGAUGCAUUAUUUGUAUGCUCUGGAACUAUGGCAAAUUUAAUUGCAAUAAUGAACCAUUGCAACGAUCGUGGAUGUGAGGCAUAUUGUGGCGAUUCUGUUCAUAUUUUGUUACACGAACAAUGCGGCGCUGUUCAAAUCGGAGGAGUGAGUCUUAGAUCGUUACGUAACAAUGACGAUGGCACUUUCGAUCUUUCUGAACUGCGAUCAAAGCUGCGCCAUGACAGAAAUUACGAGCCCAUUUCUAAGCUGGUAAUUGUGGAAAAUACAAUUAAUGGAAAAAUUGUUCCUCUAAGCUGGAUUAAGGAAUUAGUAUCACUGUGCAAAGAACAUAACUUGAAGUUGCACAUGGACGGAUCCAGGCUAUGGAAUGCAAGCGUGGGAUCAGGAAUAUCCGGGAAGGAAAUUGUUUCGGGCUUCGAUUCAGUAACAUUCUGUCUCAGCAAAGGCCUAGGUGCUCCUGUAGGUUCUCUUCUGUGUGGAACUAAAGAUUUUAUCACUAGUGCAAGGAGAAUCAGGAAAGUACUUGGUGGGGACAUGAGACAAGUUGGUAUUCUUGCUGCAGCUGGGCUUGUAGCUCUUGAAAAUAUCCCCAAAUUAGUUCACGAUCAUAGAAGGGCUUACGCUUUUGCAUCUGCGCUAAAUGAAAUCCAGUCGUCUAUAUUUUCGAUUGAUUUGAGUACUGUACAGACAAAUAUUGUUUUCCUGAACAUCGAAUCUGAUACCAUUGACACAACGAAGUUCAUUCAUUGUUUGCUAGAAUUUGAUGAUGCCGAGAACGAACACGUUGUCGUCAAGUGUUUGGGAUUGACCGAUUCACUUAUCAGGUUUGUAUUUUCUUUCGAAAUUACAGACGAUGAUUUGAUGUUAGCUAUUAAAAAGGUUACAUCCGUUAUUAAAAAGUUAGAUCCUAAAUUCUAAUUAUUAUAGUCAAGGGUGCCUAAUUGUUAUCUAAAAUAUAUUUAUUGGGAUACGCAUAA